AUGAAGAACCUCCACCACCACCUCCACCACCACCUCCACGCCCUCCCUUUCCUCUCCUCCGACACCCAAAUCCUCCACCUCCUAAAAAGCGGCGCCCUCUCCCAAGCCCUGACGCUCCUCAACACCUCCCAACCCACCCUCUCUCUCAAACCCGUCAUCUACGCUUCCCUCCUCCAAACCUGCGUCAAAACAUCCUCCUUCCACCACGGCACCUCCGUCCACGCCCACGUCCUCAAAUCCGGACUCCACUCCGACCGCUUCGUCGGCAACAGCCUCCUCACUCUCUACUUCAAACUAAACCCCGGCCCCCGUUUGUCCCACGCCCGUCAACUCUUCGACUCACUCUCCGUCAAAGAUGUCAUCUCAUGGACUUCUCUCAUCUCCGGUUACACCCGCAACAACCUCCCACAUCACUCCAUUUCUCUCUUCCAUCAAAUGUUAACCUUUCCCAUUCAGCCCAAUGCUUUCACUCUCUCUUCCGUUAUCAAAGCAUGUUCCAUGCUUAACAACCUAACCCUCGCUCGUUGCUUUCAUUCCUUGGUUAUAACACGUGGCUUUGAUUGGAAUACUGUUGUUACUUGUUCGUUGAUUGAUAUGUAUGGUUGGAAUCGCGCCGUUCAGGAUGCACGAAAGGUGUUCGAUGAAUUGAAUGAACGAGACGAUGUGUUUUGUUGGACUUCCAUUGUGUCUGCGUAUACGCGAAAUGAUAUGUUUAAAGAGGGGUUGAGGUUGUUUUAUGUUAUGAAUAGGGUUCGUGGGUUGGUUCCGGAUGGGUUUACGUUUGGGACGGUCUUGACUGCUUGUGCUAAUUUGGGGUUGUUGAGGCAAGGGAAGGAGGUUCAUGCUAAGGUUGUUGGUUUGGGUUUUGGUGGGAAUGUUGUUGUGGAGAGUAGUUUGUUGGAUAUGUAUGGGAAAUGUGGGUGUGUUAGGCUUUCUAGGAUUGUGUUUGAUAGGUUGAGUGAUGAUAAGAAUUCAGUGUCUUGGACUGCGAUGCUUGGUGUGUAUUGUCAGAAUAAGGAGUAUCAGAAUGUGCUUGGUCUUGUUCGGGAGAGGGGGGUUGUGGAUUUUUAUGCGUUUGGGAUUGUUCUUCGUGCGUGUUCGGGGUUGGCUGCGGUGAAUCAUGGGAAAGAGGUUCAUUGUAAAUAUGUUAGGGAAGGUGGUUGGAAAGAUGUUAUAAUUGAGUCUGCGUUGGUUGAUUUGUAUGCAAAAUGUGGUAUGGUUGAUUUUGCACGUACGGUGUUUGUGCAUAUGGAGGUUAGGAAUUUGAUCACGUGGAACUCGAUGAUCAGUGGGUUCGCGCAGAAUGGAAGAGGGGUUGAGGCGUUGGCGUUGUUUGAGGAUAUGAUUAAGGAAGGGAUUAAACCUGAUUCCAUCACUUUUGUUGCGGUUCUCUUUGCUUGUUGUCAUGCGGGUUUGGUUGAUGAAGGGAAAAGGUUUUUUGUUUUGAUGGGGGAAUAUGGGAUUAAGCCUGUAGUGGAACAUUAUAAUUGCAUGAUUGAUCUUUUGGGACGUGCUGAGUUUAUAGAGGAGGCUGAGUGUUUGUUGGAAAAUGCAGAUUGCAAAUAUGAUAAAUCACUUUGGGCAGCUCUUCUUGGAGCUUGUACUAAAGGUUCUGACUAUGACACUGCCGAACGUGUCGCAAAGAAGAUGAUUGAAUUGGAGCCUAACUUCCAUUUGAGCUAUGUUUUGCUUGGUAACAUUUACAGAGAAGUUGGCCGGUGGGACGAUGCUGUAGAGAUCAGAAAGUUGAUGGAAGAUAGAGGAGUUAAGAAGUUACCUGGUAAGAGCUGGAUUGAUAGUGAAAAUUGGAAGGGUUCUCGUGUGAACGUUUAUACCGAAAAAAGUGUUUCUAGCACGCGGGAAGCUAUUUCAUGA